UUACACAUCGUGAGAUCACAUGACUGCAUGUAUACGGCUGCAGACUGUUUGCCUGCUCUCAGUGUGACGAGAAAAAGGAGCAAAAACAUGUCGAACACCAAACAGCCUCCCCUCAGCUGCACAGUGAAGAAGGCCUCUCCCUCCUCCACCAUCAUCAGAAUGGUUUUACUGGGGAAGGCGGGCAGUGGCAAAAGCUCCACCGCCAACUCCAUCCUGGGUCGUAAGAUCUUGGACCUGAAGGUCAGCAGCGCAUCGGGCAGCCAGCACUCUCGCAGGGCCAGCGGAGAGUUUCGUGGGCGGCAGCUGCUGUUGUUGGACACCCCCGGGGUGCUGGACUCUCAUCAGACUCCACAGGAGGUGCAGCGGGAGCUGAGGAGGAGCCUGAGCCUCCUGUUCCCCGGACCGCAUGUGUUUCUGAUCAUCAUCCAGGUCGGGAGGUUUUCUCAGGACGAGAAGGACGCAGUGCGGCAGAUCAAAGAGGCCAUGGGUCCCCAAGGUCUGAAGUUCUCUGUGGUGGUUUUUACUCAUGGAGACCGACUUGAGGAGGGAACAUCUGUGAAACGUUGUCUCAUAGACCAGUUCCGGGACCUCGCCGAGCUGGUGGACGGGUGUGGGGGCAGGUACUGUGUCUUCAACAACCAGAACUUCAAGAACAGGGAGCAGGUGUCCGAGCUGUUCACCUUGGUGGAAGGCCUGAUGCGGGACAACGAGGAAAGCUGCUUCACCAGCAAGAUGCUCCAGAGAGCAGAGGAGGACCUGGCUCUUCAGCUCCAACAGCAAACCGAGAAGGACAAGCUUCUAAAAAAGAAGCAGGAGCAAACUCUCAGAGAGUGGUACCAAAAGGAGCUGGAGAUGGUUCAGCAGCAGAGCAAGAAGGAGCUGGAGGAGCUGAGGGUAAAACAGGAUCUGGAGAAGGAGAAGGAGGAGAAACUGGCAAGAGAACGGGAAGAGGCCUUGAGGAGAGAGGUGGAGUGGAGGAAGACACGAGAGGUGGAAACACUGAUAGAGAUGGAGAAGAAGAAGAGACAAGACAUUCAGGAGAGGCUGGAAAAAGUUACCAAAAUGUUGGAGGAGCAGGUGGAGCGGGAGGAACAGAUGAGACAAUCACUGGAGGACAAGAUCCAGAAGGAUAAAGAGGAGAACGAGAAGCAGGAGAGGGAGAGGGAGCUGCAGCAAAUCCAGAUGGAGCAGGCCAUCAGGCAGAGAGAAGAGAUGGAGAGAUAUGCUCUGCAGAAAGAGUUAAACAAACUCUGCCAGAAGAUGGAGGAGCUGAGCACGAAGGAGGAGGACAGGAAAAGGCAGAUGGAGGACAUGCUCCAGCGGGAGAGGGAGGAGAACCAGAAAGAGGUAGACGUCCAGAUGGAGCACCUCAGAGUGGAGAAACGGAGAACCGAGGCCUUCAAGCGGGAGCUGAGGCUCACAAAAAUCAAGCUCGAGCAGCAAGCGGCAUGUGAAGAAAGACUGAAGAAGCUGCUGGAGGACAACCUGAGGGAGGACAGCAACAAGGACGUCUCCUCCCUGAAGAGGCUGUGUGGGAAGAAGUGCGCUGAGCUGAUGGAGAGGAGGUCUGCAGGGAAGCGCCUGACGGUGGCAGCGGUCACCGGAUACGUGCAGGAGAUGGGUCUGCUGGGACUGAACACAGCACUGGAGAAACUUGGAACUCCAUGUUCUAUCCAGUGACCGCUCAGACAGGGAGCUCAUUUCAUUACUGACAAAGGUGGAGAGGUGGUUGGAUGCAUGCGUGCGAUCGUUUGAUGAUGAAAUAUCUCAUGAACCAGUGGACAGAGUUUAAUGAAACGCUCAGAACCAGAUGUUUAAUAACAAACUCUAAUAGAUCAUCAGAGAUCUGCAUGCUAGGCCUUUAAUUGUCCCCCAUCGUGGAACGAAGAAUUGG